AUGGCUGUGGAAGCGCGUUCGGCUAGCGCCGGUCCGGAACCACGCCGGUCGCCGGCUGACGACCGUAGGGUCAGCGCCGAUAACGAACCUCGCACACUUGCUGCUAGGAAAGCUUACCCCGAGGAGCCGAUGUCUCCUAAACGUGAACCUGAAGACGACGAUGCUCCAUUGGACUUGACUGUUCGCAAAGAGAUUUCUGUAUGCGAUUUCGCAAGACAUUCGGCGUUUGCCGACCCCUCAGACUAUGUGAGGACACAACUGAUCCUGAGGCAGUCUCAGGAUUACCUGGCGUCCGGCCGAGACUCUGGGACUGAAUCCGACGACUCCGCCGGACGCCUCAGCCCUGGAGACGAUGCUGUCUCUGGGAAAGCCUACAAGAAGUCACUCAUGAAGAGAUACAUAGACGGUGAAACCACUGGUCUGCCGCUGGCGCGGAGCUCACUUAGCCGAGCACUGCUGCUGCUGGCGCCGGGUCCAGGACCCCGGCAUCACCUCUACUCCACUCCUAAUACAGGAUCCCUCCCUCCCUCGCCGGCCGACAGCGGUGUCUCAGACGUUGAAUCGUCCUCAUCAGGCGCCGGAUCAGCCGAGGAGCUCAAGGCUCGCCUGCAGCCGCCCCCACCAGCGCCCUUCCACGCGCCCUUCCUGCCGUUCUACCAACACCACCAGAUUGCCAACACGUUGCAGCAUCACGCCACCGCGCAUCCAAGGCCACCAGUGGGUGCGGUGAGCGAGCGCGACGCUUACGCGUACGGGUACGGCGGCGGCGGAGGCGGCGCGCACCACUUCGCGGCGCCCGCGCCGCCGCCCCUGCCGCACGACGAGCUGCCCUACUCCGUGUUUGACUUCGGUGACUACCAGCGACAUCACCACCACAACAAACUCAAACCUAAGAAGAGGCCGCGUACAGACGCGCCCCCUACACCCGGUGUGAAGCGCAAGUCGCGCGAGGGAUCCACCACCUACCUGUGGGAGUUCCUGCUGAAGCUGCUGCAAGACCGCGAGUACUGCCCACGCUUCAUCAAGUGGACGAACCGCGAGAAGGGCGUGUUCAAGCUGGUGGACUCGAAGGCGGUGUCGCGGCUGUGGGGGCUGCACAAGAACAAGCCGGACAUGAACUACGAGACGAUGGGCCGCGCGCUGCGCUACUACUACCAGCGCGGCAUCCUCGCCAAGGUGGACGGCCAGCGGCUCGUGUACCAGUUCGUGGACGUGCCCAAGGACAUCGUGGAGAUCGACUGCUCGCUGGCGUAG